UAUUUAAAUUACAACUAGACUUUGCAAGAUAAGGUAGUUUAGAAAGGCAUUCAACACCAAUUUGAACUAUCAUAAAUAGCUUGAAGUAAAAUAGUUCACUGCGAAAAAUAGAUCUGCAGGAUGCUUAGUUUGAAAUCUAUCUUAAAACCAUACAGAACCACUUCAGAUCCACUAGAGUAUCUAUUAUAAAAAAGACAGACUGUAGCAAGUGUUGGUGAGAAUGGGGAAAGUGGAAACCUCAGACAUUGUUGAUGAGAUGUAAAAUGGCACAGCCACUUUGUAAAACAGUUUGACAGUUCCCUUUUUCCUCUUUUUUAAAUGUCCUUUAUAAAUUCUGAGAUGAUAUAUUCACGUACAAAGUAAAGUUAUAAUUGUUCCUUUAAACCUAGUCCUUCUUUUCACACAGAAUCCUGUCAUUCAAAUCUUUCUGCACUGGGACAAACAACUGAGGAUAUCUGACAAGGAAUCAAAUAGUGAAAAAGCAAGCAUGAAGUUUUCAAGCUUGUAUUGUUUUCUUCUGCUUCUCAUUUUUCAAACUGACUUUGGACAAAAUGAAGAAACUUCUAGGAAGGAAAGAAGGAAGAUGUAUUAUAGAAGACAGAGAAAAAGUUCCUCGCUCAACCACAGACCCAGUAGACAGCUUGGAAUUCAGCAAAUGAGGAUAGUUACACCAGCAGCAACACUUCCCAUGGUUAACUUGGAUUACAGUACGGAGGAAAAGUUUGAAUCCUUUUUAAGAUUUCCCGGAGUAGAAUCAAGCUAUAAUGUGUUACCAGGAAAGAAAGGACACUGUUUGGCAAAUGGGAUGACCAUGUAUAACAAAGCUGUAUGGUCUCCUGAGCCCUGCACUACGUGCCUCUGCUCGAAUGGAAGAGUCCUUUGUGAUGAGACCAAGUGCCGCCCUCAGAUGUGCCCCCAAACAGUUAUACCUGAAGGAGAAUGCUGCCCUGUCUGCUCUGAUACUGAACAAAGAGAACCUACCAGUUUACUUCAUAAGCAACAGCCGUCUCCUUGGGUGGAAAUGCAUCAAGCACUGAGAAAAGAGGAACUUCAAUUUGAGGAGGAUGAAGAAGAAAUUAAACAAGAUGAAGAUAGGGAGCAAAAGGAAAAGAUCCCUAGACCUGGAGAUUGGGGGAGACCUCCCAAUGAGGGACAGAGCAGAGAAGGGGGAGAGCAGAGACCUGGAGAGGAGGGGAGGCAGGCCGAUCAGCACAGAAACCCAGCAAGGGAGAAUGAGGAUGAGGAUGAGGACGAGGACGACGAUGACGAUAACGAUGACACCAUCAGAGGAGAUAUGUUCAGGAUGCCCUCUCAACUCCCAAUCCCAGGUACCCCCAGAGGCAUACCACCUCUGCCAAGCGGGUGCUCUCUGUCAUACAAAACCAUCUCCUGUAUCAGCGCCGACCUCACACAAAUACCACCUCUAACAGCACCAGAGAUAACAAGUCUGGAGCUCAUAGGCAAUUCUAUCACCUCCAUUCCAGAUGAAGCAUUUAAUGGAUUACCGAAUUUGGAAAGGCUUGAUCUGAGCAAAAAUAAUAUCACCUCUUCAGGCAUAGGUCCAAAAGCAUUCAAGCUUCUAGAGAAUUUAAUGCGCCUGAAUAUGGAUGGAAACAAUUUGGUAGCGAUUCCUUCAGAACUACCACCUACAUUAGAAGAACUUAAAAUCAAUGAGAACAAUCUUCAGGUUAUUGAUGAAGAAAGUUUAUCAGACUUAAAUCAAUUGGUCACCUUAGAAUUGGAAAGAAACAGUCUCAGUGAAACCAAUGUCAAUUCUUUAGCUUUCAAACCUUUGAAGAGCCUAUCCUACCUGCGUCUGGGAAGAAAUAAAUUUAGAAUCAUACCACAGGGUCUUCCUGCUUCUAUUGAGGAAUUAUACCUAGAAAAUAACCAAAUUGAAGAAAUAACUGAAAUUUCUUUUAAUCAUACCAGAAAGAUCAAUGUCAUUGUACUACGUUAUAAUAAAAUUGAAGAAAAUAGAAUUGCUCCUUUAGCCUGGAUAAAUCAAGAAAAUCUAGAAUCAAUUGACCUCUCCUACAACAAGCUCUACCACGUCCCCUCCUAUCUACCCAAGUCGCUGCUGCACCUUGUGCUCAUCGGCAACCAGAUAGAGCGCAUCCCUGGCUUUGUGUUUGGCCACAUGGAACCAGGUCUGGAAUACCUGUACCUGUCAUUUAAUAAACUUGUGGAUGAUGGCAUAGACCAAGUUUCCUUCUAUGGGGCUUAUCAUUCUCUGCGAGAGCUGUUUCUGGAUCAUAAUGAAUUAAAAUCUAUACCACCUGGGGUACAAGAAAUGAAAGCACUACAUUUUCUGAGAUUGAACAACAACAAGAUACGGAAUAUUCUUCCAGAACAAAUUUGCAAUUCUGAAGAAGAUGGUGAUUCAACCCUGGAACAUCUUCAUCUUGAAAACAACUAUAUUAAAACAAGAGAAAUAUCAUCCUAUGCAUUUUCAUGCAUAAGAUCAUAUUCAAAUGUCAUUCUUAAACCACAAAAUAUCAAGUAAUUCCACGUUUUUCUUUGUC